GGCACUUUGAAGCGUUUCGUGCUUUUCCAUUCGAGUUUUUCCUUUGUUGUUUUCCCUCUUUUUUUGAUAUGCCUGCUGGCGGGCAACUGACAGUAGAAGAUCUAGACUGUGCAUACAUAUUCUUCUGACUUCCAAACCUCCACGUUCGACCAACCAGCAAACUUGCCCAUUGGCGGCAUUCAUUCGGCUCACCUGUGCUACUGGCAGUCGUUACCGUCUCUUCUACCCACUCUUUGCACCGAACCCCUCCCUGGAUCAUUGCAGAUUGGAUUAUAUGUUUUGCUACUGACGUGCUGAUUCUUGUGUACAUUGUAGCAAGCGGCAUUGUCUCAGACUACCUGGCUGCUGCCAACCUGUCAUGUCACUGGCUUUAAAAGACCGUUUCCGGUGUGCUGCUUGCCGAGAAUUGUUGUUUGAGCCAUUGACGUUACCCUGCGGGUAUUCCGUGUGUUGUCGGUGCUUUCGCUCUCAUACCGGGCAUUCAACGGGCCGAUCUCGUGCUGGCCAAGAAGAAGCUGCCAAACCUGUCACCGACUCCCAUGAAACACCGAAUACGACACACAUAUCCUCUCCACCUUCGCCUACGACAACUUUCUAUGUGUGCCCCGCACGUCCAUGUCGACAGAAGCACCCUUAUCGACAGGAGCGACCGGAUGUUAUACUGUUACACAUACUCCACACUUACAUUCCGUUCGAGACUGAAGCUCUCCAGCUCGUCAAGAAAGGAGAGGAGCGGCUACGAUCUUUGUUAAAAGAUAAGGAUGGUUUCGAUGUUCAAUUGGCGAUUGAAGGUGUUGAAGACAAUGAACUGGGAAUGCUUUCUCAUGAUUCUGCCAAUAAUGUAAGCGACUCCGAAUCCGUUGAUGGCAGGAUACCGUCCGGUCGUCUUCGGCGCUCUAUGCAGCGCGCGUUCGAGAAAAGGGGUCAGAUCUUGAAUGUCAUCACUACAUCGUUUACGCCGGCAAUUGAACGAGUACCAACGCUGCAAUUGCCAUACCUGUUACGAGCGGAAGCACUUUCAGAGAUGUUUUGCUUCAAUGCUGCUUUGGAGGACGCACAGCGAGCACGACAAAUGAAUUCUUCGAAUUGUCGUGGGAUGGUCGCAGAAAAGCUGAUCAUCUGGCGGAAGAGCAUCGCCGAACAAGCAGGAGAGAGUUUAUCAGAUGGAAAAGACUACGCAGAUGACCCCUCGGUUGAGCAACGUCAUACUAGUUCUUCAGACUAUACGGCGGUGGACAGCAGUUUAAGUUCCGAUGACCUCGACUGUAAUCUCUGCCUUUCACUUCUUCAUGACCCUGUUACCUGCCCAUGCGGGCACACAUACUGCCGGACAUGCAUUCUGUUCUCACUCGAUAAGCAUUCCCGUCAAUGCCCGCUCUGUCGCAUUCCGCUUCCGCCAAUAGGAUACUUUCUCAGUCGCCCAGCUAAUCGGAUUCUGGACCGUUUGGCUCGGGACCUGUUUCCUGAGGAAUGGAACGCGAGGGCGCCGGGAGCUGAGAAGAAAUUGAAGGAAUUUGGACACAUGGACGAUGUUCCUAUAUUCGUCUGCUCACUAGUCUUUCCAGGAGCAGCACAGGCAUUUCAUAUCUUUGAACCUCGCUAUAGGGUGAUGAUUCAGCGUUGCAUGGCGACAAAUAAGCGCUUUGGUAUUUGCCUCCCAAACCGGCAUCCUACCCUAACUUCAUCUGCUCCAUACGUCAACCACGGCACUCUUGUUGAGAUUCGCCAUGUGGAACCCAUACCGUCUCGCGAGCCUCUAGCCCAAACUCCAGAAGGUUCCCUCCCACGUCUCCUGAUCGAGGUUGUUGGAAUCCAUAGGUUUCAGGUGCUAGAUCGCAGUGUCGAUUCAACGGGCUACAAUGUUGCCACCAUCGAACGGAUCGAGGAUAUCCUCCCUGAAGAUGACACGUCUAUCUCCCUUUCCCUCCGUCGAACAAUGCCAGAACAACUCAAUAUCCUGACACAGCGCAUACAGUCAUUCACACAAGAUCUACUAACCUCACUUCCUCAACGAGCUCGAACAACGUUCCAAAAUCAACAUGGACAACCACCAUCGGAUUGGUCGGACCUUUGUUACUGGGUUGCGGGCUUCUUACCGCUAAGUCCAUAUAGGCUUUAUGAGUUGAUGAGUCUGCAUAGUGUUUUGGCGAGGCUGGAAAAGGUUUGUGAGUGGAUUGAUGAGGUUGUCGGGAAAAGUGCAUAGGCCUGUGGACGUUAGGGGACAUAUUGGUGUGGUCUUUGGCAUUUAGGUGUAUAUCUAGUUGGCGCUCACUGUCACUUCAUUCUUCAUAAAUUUCUGGUAUAUUUUUAUGUGUUUUUUGUGUUGAUUUAACGAG